CUACUUAUAAAUCACAUUGCAUCAAACACCAGUUAAGCACGCAGCACGCACAACACAAAACAUGGCAGCUCCGGCAGCCCAGCUCCCGCCGCUCCCGCUAGUGAUCCUCCUGCUGGCGGCGGCCAUGGCGGCGCCGCGCCCGUGCAGCGCCGUGGACCCGGUGGCCACGUACUGCGCCAAGAACGGCACGACGGCGCAGACACAAGCCAACAUCGACGCCGUCCUGGCGUCCCUCGUCCCGCGCGCCUCGGCCGCCUACUACGCCGUCUCCACCUCCGGCUCCGGCGCCGACGCCGUGCACGGCCUGGCGCAGUGCCGCGGCGACGUGCCGCGGCAGGACUGCGCGCUCUGCCUCUCCGCCGCGGCGCGCGCGCUGGCCUCCUCCUGCCGCGGCAGCGGCGACGCGCGCGCCUUCUACGACUACUGCCUCCUCCGCUACCUCUCCGGCGGCGACAACUUCAUCGGCCUCCCGGACACGGGCUACACGCUCAUCCUCCUCAACACCCAGAACGCGAGCGGCGUCGACCUCGGCGCGUUCGACAGGGCGCAGAGCAAGCUCAUGGCCCGUGUCGCCGCCGAGGCCGGGGACGUUGACCGGAGCAAGCAGCAGGGGCUGGCCAGGGAGACGGCGAAGCUUGGAAGUAGCAUGAUCUUGUAUGGGCUGGGGUGGUGCACGAGGGACAUCACGCCGGCGGACUGCGGGCUGUGUGUGGCGCAGGCCGUGGCCGAGCUGCCGAAUUACUGCCGGUACCGGCGUGGGUGCCGGGUGAUCUAUAGCAGCUGUAUGGCGCGGUAUGAGACGUAUCCGUUCUUCUUCCCCGGCGACGGCGGCCGCCAGGGGGAUGACUCUGCGGAGCAUGCCGGCGAGUACGCCAUGGUCGUCCAUGAUCCGUAAUGGGUGGACUGGGUGUGUGCUUGUGUGUUGUGUUGUGUUCUGUCUACAGCUAGCAGCUUGUUUUGUUGUGUCAGUGUGUCGUGACAGUGGCUCGCUGCACGUGCAUAUUUUGUGGAAGUUUGAUAUGCACGUAUGCGUCCAAAAAACUCGCAGCCAAUAAAGACCAAGUUUCCUUGUCCAUGUUUGUUUGCUUGUGGAAUUAAAAUUUUGAGGAAAUUUAA